AUGGCCACUCUAUCUUCCCCCAUCCAUCAAGAUCAAGUGUUCAUCAACUUCCGGGGAAAGGAUAUUCGCCAUGGCUUCGCCAGUCACCUUGUAGAUGCGUUGAAAAGACAUAACAUCAAGGUCUUCAUAGAUACAGAUGAACAAAAAGGCAGAGACCUGAAACACCUCUUUAAAAGGAUCAAAGAGUCUUCCGUCGCACUGGUCAUCUUGUCCACGGGGUAUGCAGAAUCAAAGUGGUGUUUGGAUGAGCUGAAAGUAAUCAUGGAACAAGAGGAAAAACGGGAAAUGACUGUAAUCCCAAUCUUCUACAAGGUGAGAACAGGAGAUGUUAAGAAACAGAAGGGAGUUUUCGGCAAUAGGUUUAGGAGACGCAGUGAAAAAUCCAGCCAUGAAGAGAUGGAAAAAUGGCAAGUGGCUUUGAAGGCUGUGUCAAACAAGUUUGGCUUCACGUUGGACAACAAUAGGCCGUUCCGUGAAAUCUGUAGUCGUCUGCUUUUCCCUUUCCGAUCUCAGUCCUUGUCGGGAUCCUUCAGCAAGUGGUUUGUUGGCUUUAGUUCGAGACGAAAGUCUCCAAGUUCGGUCUAA